ACAAAAAAAAAAAAAAAAAAAAAUCUAUUAAAUUUAAAAUAUAUAAAACUUUGAACGAUUUCCAUAAUGUCGCAACCUAAUAAAAAAGAAGAACUGCAGCAAUCGCAGAAUGCAUUUCCCGAUGAAAUGGCAUUCGACAACAAGGGUUUUCUUGAUACUCCCACAUCAGCUACUACACCAUUCAUGACAUCCACACCCACACCGACAUCUACACCACCUGCAUCCACAACUAUCAGAAUACCUGAAAUCAAAACUGAAAAUGCAAAUGAAACUGAGUUCACAUUAAAUAAUAACAAUGACAUCGAACGAAAUCAGCUGAAUAAUGAUAGCAAUAACAAAUUGAAUAGCAAAAAUAAUUUAAACUCACAAUUAUUAAAUUUCAACGAAAUCAUAAACAAUAAAGACAAUACAUUGCCCUAUAUAAAUAGUAGUGGUGUACCACACGGACUCUAUCGACAUUCAUUGCCGGCACCAUUACCAUUGUCCGAAAAAGAUGAACAGGAUGAUAAAUAUAAAUUAUAUACAAUUUAUGGAAAUGACACCGACAAUGACAAAGUGUCCGGUUUACCACAUUCGACAACCGGUUCACUAAGCUCAAUCAUCACGACGUCCAUAGCAUCCUCAGAACCUGAUCCAGGAGCGGGCAAUGGAGGCGGUGGGGGUGGUGGUGGUGGAGGACACGAUUCCACCAGCAUUGCUGGCGUACCCGGUAGUAUGGAUGAGAAAAUGGCGCUUAAUAGACCCGGCAUCAAACAAGAAAAAUGGACAACGAUUUUAUUGCAAGUUUCGAUACCAUUCUUUUUGGCUGGUAUUGGUACUAUUGGUGCUGGUAUUAUACUGGGGCGUGUUGAGAAAUGGCGCGUAUUCAAAGUUGUCGGUGAACUAUUUAUAUUGGUGCCCGCUUUGCUUGGCCUUAAGGGAAACUUGGAUAUGUGCCUCGCUUCACGUCUUUCCACACAAGUCAAUUUAGGCAACAUGACCUCACGCAAAGAAGUUAUACACAUGAUUGUGGGCAAUAUUGCAUUGGUGCAAGUGCAAUCCAUAGUUGCUUCAUUUUUGGUUGCUAUGUUUGCUAUAUCCGUUGGUGCUGCAAUGGAACGUGCAUUUCAUUUUGAGCAUGUUAUGUUGCUGACUGCAUCUGCUAUGUUUACAGCAACAUCUUCAUGCUUUGUUUUAGAUUUUGUAUUAGUGGCUGUGAUAUUAUUGUCCCAAAAAUUUAAACUUAAUCCUGAUAAUUUAGCAACACCGCUAGCAGCUUCUAUUGGCGAUGUUGUGUCUAUUAGUUUACUGUCAUUCAUAGCAUCUUUGCUUUUUGACAAUAUAUCAACUCAUUUAUGGAUCACGUUCGUUAUUGUUGCUUGUUAUUUAGUGCUUUUACCUAUGUGGGUUGUUGUCGUUCUGAAGAAUAAAUAUACGCGUCCAGUGCUUAAGAAUGGCUGGGUUCCUGUACUCUCUGCGCUUUGCAUUAGUGGUUUGGGUGGUCUUGUUCUCGAUGCUGCUGUAGAAAUCUUCGACGGUUUCGUUGUGUUUCAACCUAUUAUUAAUGGAAUUGGUGGCAAUUUGGUUUCAGUGCAAGCAAGUAAAAUUUCUACUAUGUUACAUCAAAGCUCAAUUAUUGGUAUUAUACCACCACAUACAAAGAUUUUUGAAUGGCCAUGGAAAGCACUUUUCAAAGGAGUACCAUAUGCUAAAACAGCACGUAUACUUAUUGGCAUGUCAAUUCCGGGUAACAUCUUAUUCAUAUUUGCAGCUGACUAUAUACAUAUGUCUACAUCGACAGUAACUUUCCCGUUUAUUGCAUCCUAUCUUGUGGCGAGUUUAAUACAGGUGAUGCUACUCUUGUAUAUUGCUCAUAUUAUUGUACAUGCUAUGUGGAAAUGGAAAAUAGAUCCAGAUAAUUCUUCUAUACCAUAUUUGACUGCCCUAGGCGAUUUACUUGGUUCCAGUUUGCUGGCGUUGGCGUUCCUUUUCUUGCUUUCAAUCAAUCAAGAAUAUGGUGCAAAUAUGGAACAAUUUAAUGCACUGUAAAUCGAUAGUAAUGAAUUCAUCCAAAGAGAAUGGAAAGAAUGAAACUUUUAAAAAUUCUCAAUUUAAAAUAUAUAUAUUUUUUUUAAAUGCUUAAAUGCCUUUUAAAAUGCAUAAAUUGAAUGAUAUUAACAACUCGAAAGAGCAAACGAGAGAGACAGAGAGAAAGCGUCAAGGAUCAGUAAAAUUUUAAACCUUCCGUACCUAA